GCAGCGGUGGCCAUUUCCCGCGUAGCGUAGCGACGGAUCAUGUCGCUCCCGCGCCUCUCGCGUGCCGAGGGACCCGGCGUCCUCCGUCCGCUCUCCGCCGCGGGCAACGACGGCUUCUUCGCUGCGCUGGACCAGCUCCGCCUCGCGCAGCUCCGCGCCGUUUCCACCACCACCUCGUCGUCGUCCUCCUCGCCACAGCAGCCGGCGUUUGUCUCGACCCGCCGCCUCGGACGGGAGGAGGUGCUGAGGGCUAUUGAGGAUGUGGCAGGCGAGGUGCUGGCCUCCAUCGCUAGGAAGCAGGCGCCAUCGCUCUCAUUUGUCUACCGGCACAGCUGGGCCACCGUGCGAUUCAAUAAGGAGGUGGGGCUGCAAAUGCUGCCUGAACUGGUGUUAAGGGAACAGAAGUUCACAAUGCAAUGCUCCAUGUUGAAUUUGUGUAUGACUAUGAAAGUCCUGCACAUGAUUUACAAUCUCGUGCAGACCAACCAAAACUCAACUAAGAGAGACCUCUAUUACCAAUACCCCACGGUGUUCAGAAGCCAGACCAUAGUUAACAAUAUUGUGGACAACAUCGCCUGUCUACUGAGGGUUCCUCGGGACUGUCUGCACGUGCAGUCCACCUCCAAGGGCUGUGUGGCCGGCAACCUUUGCUACAUCGAGGAGGACGGAACAAAGAUCUCCUGCACCUGCAGUUCUAAUGGAAUGCUGGUGUCUAAUAAUGUGCAUGGAAUGCACAACCUGACGACACAGGCACGGUUCGUGCUUGUUGUGGAGAAGGAUGCCACCUUCCAGCACCUCCUGGAUGAUGACUUCUGCAAGCGAUUCCACCCUUGCAUCAUGGUUACGGGGAAAGGCAUCCCGGACCUGAACACUCGACUCCUGGUACGAAAGCUAUGGGACACAUUCCACAUCCCCACCCUGGCAUUGGUGGACGCAGAUCCUCACGGAUUUGAAAUUAUGACAAUCUACAAGUAUGGGUCCCUGUCCAUGUCCUUCGAUGCUGCCAACCUAACUGUGCCAACCCUUUGCUGGCUGGGUGUGCUACCCUCUGAAAUAGAGAGGUGGAACAUUCCCACAACUGUGCUGCUGCCACUCUCUGACAGAGACCAGAGGAAGCUGCGGGGGCUGCUGGGCAGGCCCUUCAUGGAGCUGCACCCCGAGUGGCGGAAUGAGGUUGACUCAGCUGGAUAUCAGUCCUUGGUGAAGGCCUCCGCCAAGUUAACGCAGCCUGGAAUUACCACCGGAAUGACCGCUGAUAGGUUAAUUUAGCCAUAAUUGAAACCAAGUCAGUGCUUUCUCGAGGUCCAACACAGAAUUACCACCAGGUGAAAACUUCGACUGAGUCAAUGUCACACACCAGCGAUCGCACCUGCCAGGUUGACUCAGUCUGAAAUGAGCGCGUCUUGUAUUUCAGCUGGAAAUAAUGCAAGCACGUGCCGUGAAGGCAGAGAUGCAGGCACUGGAGUCGGUCUCGCCAGGGCUACUUAGCCGUUACUACCUGCCCAACAAACUGCAAUUUGGGGGGUGGCUGUGAGCAACUGCAUCCGAGGUGGCUCUGGGCUGGGUGUAGCUAUUGCAGGAACAAACCCAAAGGAACAAACAUGUUUAUAUUUUAAAAGUACAUUUGCUAGGUUUAUGAAAAAAAGAAUACGCUAGGUUAUUUGUGUCCACUUGUUUUGAAAGAUUCUCCAGAAAGAAAAAAAGAUGACAUUAAAGAUAACUUGCUCUUCUCUGCUCUUAUGAAGUGCUGUGAAACAUAUCGGUAGAUUUGUGCCAUUGUGAACUUUUAUAUCAAUUAUGAUAUAAAUUAAUCAAAAUGUCAGGCAUCUUAUUUGUGGACAUCUUGGAUUUGUGUAAAGUAUUUCUUUACCUUGAUCGCUAUGUGUCCUUGGAGAAGACUGCGACAUCACUUUCAUACAUCUAAAUACAUCGGCGCAGCAAUAUCACUGGAAUCUGAAGGAAUAUCUAAACUUACUUUUCAAGAAAUGUUCUUAUUCAUGAAGCUUUAAACUCAUGUUGGAUAAUCCAACACACACCCUAGAUAUGCAUCAACAGCUGUUUGAGUUUGCGUUGCGUCUUCCUUCAAAGAUCCUGGAACAACACGUAAUGUGGAUUAAGUCACAUUUAAUUUAGAAUGCUGUGGUUAUAAUAAAACGGUGAUAUGACUUAAAACGUGACUGCUUUGAGCGAUCAAUGAACCAAGAUAAUUUUAGUCAAGAGACAACUUCGUCACUGCUGCUCGUACAGUCACUAAAUGUUUUACUCCAAUCCUGUUAAGUAUUUAUGUUUAUAUAUUUGGCUGUCAGACGAUGGUCUCCUGUGGCUUUGUGUCCUACACCUGCCAGAUGUUUGUGCAGACCUCCUGUCUGGUCUGCUGUGUCCACAAGAGAACACGAUUCCAUCAAAUACAAAUGUCCCAGGCAUGUGGAUCCUAAUAUUCAAGCUGUUGUUUACCUUCUGAGUUAGGAGUCUGCAGCUGCUGUAUCGCUCACUCAGUGCUCGACAUUUUUUCCAAUAAAUUAGUUAACAGCUCAUUAUUUAAUUUAUAUUUAUAGCUCAGUGGCUCGGCUAAAUAAAGCGUCGUAUGCGCUCACACCCAACUCGAGUUGUACAGCUUUCCUGAAAUGUUACGCAUGCUCUGACCCUAUUGUGUAUGUUUACCAGAACCCUGUGUUCCAAGGUUCAGGAAGGUUGUAUGUGCAUCUGUUAACCAUGUCUCAGUGAGACUACAUUUACCAUGGUUCAUUUAUGUGUUUACCAUCAUAUGACGAGUACAGCAAGGGGUAUUCCUUUAACCAGUGCUUGUAGAUGGAUCCUCCACGCUGUAGAGGACACACAUACAUACUCCGUCACACAAAAAAACUACAAGACAAAGAUAUUCUCUUUAUCCCAGACAAGUUGUUGAAGUAAAUAAAAAACAAUGUCGCAUAUCCAAUCAUCACAUAUAUGCCCUGACCAUUUAACUGCCCACGAGUGCAGUAAUUAUGUGUGCUGUGACUGUCAUUUUCUUCGGAUGUUCACAAAUCCAACCUUUUAAUAUUCAGCAAUGUAUUCUUAGCCUCGCAUACAUUUAAUUCUCAAACACUGUAUUUCCCACGAUUAAAGCAGUUUGUGCUUUA